AUGGCUGCAAACAAAGCUGUGGCAGCUCUGAAGGGAGCCUUUUCAAGCGAGCAGGUGGUAUUUCCUGGUUCUGACGAGUUCACUACUCUCAACACGUCGUAUCUUUCCAAGGCACAGGGCGAACUUGAGCCGAGGGCCAUCUUCCUGCCCGCAGAUAGGGACGAUGUUGCCAAAUUUGUACGCUUUAUUGGACCCUAUGUACUCCGCGGCGACAUCAAGUUUGCUGUACGCGGCGCCGGGCAGCAACCUGCGCUCGGAUGUAACAACGAACACGAUGGGAUCACUGUCGACUUGCGCAACUUAUCCGGUAUUCAUCUUAAAGACGAUCAUACGACCGUCUCGAUCGGGGCGGGUGAGCGUUGGGGUGAGGUCUACUCCAAACUACAGGAGAAGGGACUUGCCGUCACUGGUAGUCGAUCUAGUCUGGGUGGCAUUGGUGGGCUCUCUCUCUCUGGUGGUCUGUCCUUCUUCUCCAGUCGCGAAGGCUUCAUCACCGACAAUGUCACCAAUUUUGAAGUCGUCCUAGCAUCCGGAGAGAUUACCAACGCCAAUGCAAACGAGAACACGGAUCUGUUUGUCUCCCUCCGCGGUGGAGGGAACAACUUUGCCAUUGUUACCAGGUACGACAUGCGCACCUUUAAGCAGGGCAGGUUCUGGGGCGGUGCCACCUUCUACUUUCCCAACAGCUUCCCAGGCCAGGUAGAAGCCUACGUCAAGGACCUCAAGGAUCCGGAAGCAACGGACGAGACACACAUCAUGAUUGGUGCUGGCUACAGUGCCGCCUUGGCCCAGAUCAGCGACAUCAUGUGUAUGAACCAGGUGUAUUAUACCAAGGAAGUCGAGAACCCGCCGGUUCUUGAACCCUACGUCAACAUGCAGCCCCAGAUCGACCAAAUGCGAUCCGUUCGCAUGCUGGAUCUCGUGGAUGCAGCAAAAGAACAGACAGCCCAGGGAUCUUCGACCUCCAGAAUCUCUUACAUGAACACCACUGUGAAGGCCGACGUCCCGACCCUGAUGGCCGCAUACCAAAUCUAUGUGGACUCAUUGGGGCCUCUGAAAGCGGCGGAAGGCCUCACCACAUCGUUCACCCUCCAGGCUUAUCCCAAGUCUCUGCUCGAAAAGACAGAUCCUGCAGGCGGGAACUCGCUGGGGAUCGACGCCCAGGACGGACCACUCAUGUCGAUCUUGAUCUUGUCCUUCUGGCAGGACAAAAAAGACGACGACAAGAUCCAGUCGACUUUCAAGGCCGUCAUCGAAGCCAUUGAUAACGAUGCAGCGACGAGGGGCACGGCAGUCGCAUACAAGUACAUGAACUACGCCGCGCCUUUCCAAGACCCCAUUGGAUCGUAUGGCAAGGAGAAUAAGGCCAGGCUGCAGGCAGCUAGUAGGAAGUAUGAUCCUGAGGGUCUGUUCCAGAAAGGGGUCACAGGCGGCUGGAAGUUGUUUGACUGA